AUGCUACAAAAACAAUUGACUUAUACUGUAUUAAUAUUGCUUUUUAUUAUUGGAAAUAUUGGAUGUAUAUUGAAUACAAUAAUCUUUCUUCGUCCUUGUCUAAAUUCAUCUUCAAGUUCUCGUUAUUUUCUUGCAUCAUCAUUUGCUAAUGGAUUUAUAUUGAAUGUUGGCCUUGCUACUCAUAUUCUUGAUGUUGGUUUCUCUAUUCAUCCUCAUCAUAGUUUAACUAUUAUAUGUAAAUUGCGUAAUUAUUUGAUCAAUAUUAGUGGUUUUCUAUCUCAAACAUAUCUUCUUUUAGCUUGUAUUGAUCGUUAUUUAAUAAGUUUAAAUAAAUCUCGUUAUCGUUCAAUAAAUACAAAAUCAAUGGCAAAUCGUAUUAUAUCAUUUACAGCUUGUUUUUGGUUUAUUAUUCUUUCUCAUAUGCUUAUAUAUAGUAGUAUUUCAUUACGUCUUCAUAUAUGUUUUUUUUCAAGUCUAUCUUAUACUUUUUUAAUUUCAUUACAUAAUCUAAUUCUAUCAGGAUUUAUUUUACCAACUUUAAUGGUUCUUUUUGGUUUAUUGACAUUAAAAAAUAUUCAACGAAUUCGACGACAAGCACGUUCUUGUCGACGUCGUCAACGUCGUUAUCAUUAUUUAAGUCUUAUGCUUAUUAGUAAUGUUUUUGUUAGUGUUAUAUUUACAUUAAUUUAUACAAGUGGACUUAGUUACAUAUCAUUUUUUAUGUUAAUUAGAGAAAAUGUUCCAUCAGUUAAACAAAAAACUCAACAUCGAUUUAUAUCAUUUAUUGCAAUUAUUUUUUAUUAUGUACCAUAUUCUAUAUCAUUCUAUGUUAAUAUAUUAACAUCACAACGUUUUCGUCGUGAAUUACAAAAGAUUUUACAUUUAAAAAGAGAAAUAUAA